AUGGUCGGAGGAGUCGCGCCGCACGUCACAGAGCUUGCAGCAGCUCUUGCUCGCAGAGGACACGAGGUGCAUCUUUUUGCUCGGGCCAGCGGGGCUGGAGAGAGCUACGAGAUUGUUCAUGAUGUCCACAUACACAGAGUGCCGAUCGAGCUCGACGAGGACUUUGUUUCCGAGUGCAACAACAUGUGCAACUCGUUUGUCUGGUUCAUCAGAGAGUCGGAAAAUUUCAUGCAGGCUCACUUCGAUAUCAUUCAUGCUCACGACUGGCUCGCUGCCAAGACAAUCGUGCAGGAAGUGGUCAAGAAAGAGACAAAGGUAGAUGUAGAUGUAGGGAAAGACAUCAAGUUACAGAAGAUUGGAAGGAAAACAAUCUUAACCUGCCACUCGACAGAGUUUGGACGAUGCGGAAACACUCACUUCGAUGGACAAGCAGCUCGGAUCAGAGCGAUCGAGCAAGAAGGUUGCGACCAUGCGGAUCGCGUCAUCGCAGUGUCUGGUCGACUCUGUGAUGAAGUAAAGUCCUUAUAUCACUGCGACAACAAGCUGAGGAUGGCGUACAACGGAAUUCAAUUGCACAACUUCGAUGGGAUGAUUGAUUGUGCAGACGUCAAGGGGAGGUAUGGCAUUGGAGCCUUUCAGCCGACGAUUCUGUUUGUUGGUCGACUUGUCGUUCAGAAGGUGAAAUCACUUGAGAGAGACAGAGAAUUCGUGGUGGCCGUGGCUGUUGUUUGGGCACGAGAAUUGAACGUUGGCCAUGCAGUCCGCUUCCUUGGUACCAUGUCAGGAACUCCUUUGAAGGAUCUUCUCAAAGCUACAGACAUGGUUUGCGUGCCUUCUCGCAAUGAACCCUUUGGCAUCGUCGUCCUUGAGUUCUCUCUCGACCAGGCCUGGGCUUGCGGCAAGCCAGUGGUUGUUACGCAGAGUGGAGGGCCGGGAGAGUUUGUCAGGCACGGGGAGGAUGGGUACCACGUGUACAACGAGCCCAACAGUGUGGCCUGGGGGGUGAAGGAAGUCUUCAGCAACUUUGAUCGAGCAAGGGAGAUGGGAAUGAGAGGAAGGGACAGGUGCGAACAUGAGUUCUCAUGGGACAAGAUUGCGGAGACGACCGAGAAUGUUUACUAUGAAGUUGCUUGA